AAUCCCUCAGUCGGACCUUAGAGCUUCCAUCUCGCAACACCCCAACAGCCCAACACCCCUCCUCCUGUUCCCCUCUCUCAACAGCACAUCCCCCCCCCCCACCAUGUCGAACCGCUUCUUGUUCACAUACGGAGCUCCCUUCGUGGGAUUCUGGCUUCUCGGCGAAUCCCUCUACGAUGUCCGUGGCGGUACCCGCGCCGUCAUCUUCGACCGGUUGUCCGGUGUGCAGGAGAAGGUCGUGAACGAAGGCACACAUUUCCUCAUUCCCUGGUUGCAGAGGGCGAUCAUCUACGAUGUCCGCACCAAGCCCCGCCAUAUCUCGACCACCACCGGAAGUAAAGACUUGCAGAUGGUCAGCUUGACCCUGCGAGUCCUGCACCGUCCUGAUGUCCCGAAGCUGCCGGUGAUCUACCAGUCAUACGGUACCGACUACGACGAGCGUGUGUUGCCCUCCAUCGGAAACGAAGUCCUCAAGGCCAUCGUGGCCCAGUUCGAUGCCGCCGAGUUGAUCACCCAGCGCGAGGCCGUCUCCAACCGCAUCCGCACGGACCUGAUGAAGCGGGCGGCCCAGUUCAACAUCGCCCUGGAGGAUGUCUCCAUCACCCACAUGACCUUCGGCAAGGAGUUCACGCGCGCCGUCGAGCAGAAGCAGAUCGCCCAGCAGGACGCCGAGCGGGCGCGCUUCAUCGUCGAGCGCGCCGAGCAGGAGCGCCAGGCCAACGUCAUCCGCGCCGAGGGUGAGGCCGAGAGUGCCGAUAUCAUCAGCAAGGCCGUCGCCAAGGCUGGCAGCGGGCUGAUCGAGAUCCGUCGCAUCGAGGCGAGCAAGGAGAUCGCCAACACGCUGGCCAGCAACCCCAACGUGACAUACCUGCCCGGCAACGACGGCAAGGAAGGUGGCAAGAACACAAGCCUUCUGCUGGGCCUGAGAAACUGAAAACAAAAAAAAAAGCAGUGGAUAUGUAGUUUUUCGUUGUCUAAUUGUUUUUACCCUUUUGAACCCGGAUGGAUCUCGGGCGUGCAUGAUCUCCCUGGCGAAACUGAUGUUGUUUGGUGUUUUCCUCUUCCUGUUUAACAUACACCACCUUUCUUAUCUCCUGUAGCAAUAACAUACACAUUCUUC